AUGGCCACCGAAUACUUCUCCGAUAAUGAAGCGUACAUAAGCAACCAGCCUUUACCCUCGCCGGCCGAUACACCGUACAAUUCCCUCUCACGAAGAACGUCCCGCUAUGGAACACCCAUGAGCGAGGCUCCCGCAUCUCCGGCACCGUUUCCUCCGGAACCCAAUGACAAUCAUGACUCUAACAAUAGUGACGGCGUAUCCAUGUUGGAUCCGCGGCGAUUCACACCGACACUGCAUGCCUCCCUUGUGUCCGAAAUCCUUUCUUUGCGACGCGAACUAGAUUCCAAGCACAAGUUCAUUGAAGAUCUCGAAACGUCAUUUCACACGGUCCGGAAAGAGAACGAUACCCUUACGAGCCAGCUGUCUACGAGUACGAGGGAGGGCCGAGCUGUGAAGGGUCAGCUACAACAACUCGAGACUGCAACUCUGUCGGCACUGGAAGAAAUCGCAGACGAGAGAGAUAAAUUGAAGGAAGCGAAUGCAGAUCUCAAGGAUAAGCUUGACUCGGCACAGAAGAGGCUGCGUAGCCAGGAAGAUGAUUCUACUCUAGUUCAUGACAUGUGGGAGCACGAGAAGGAAGCCUGGGUUGGCGAAAAACGCUCUCUAGAACGGCGCGUACACCUUUCCGAAAGCCGGCUAAAGAUGCUUCUUGAAGAGAUUGCUAUUCAUGAGGAAGCACAAGAGAAUGAUUUGGACAGCGAAGGCGAGGGGAUCCCUCGCGAUAGUGGAGUGGGACCGGAAAGUGAGGCCGGAAGCGUGCGAUCUUCGCCUGCGAGAAGGACGUCCACACGUAUUGCGCGUCACUCCCGAAACCUGAGUAAUAGCAGUUUCCGAAGCUUUGGACGCGGUUAUCGAAUGUCUCUCAUGAGCGGAACGGGAUCCGAAGGUCACGGCCGUGCUAAUGGCAUAAGCCUAGCAGACGAAUUGGUCUUUGACGAGGAGGAAGAAGACCUUGACGAACUGGAACUCGACUCGGAUGACUUCCCAGAGCAUGAAAUGAGAGCAUUGAGAGCCCUCGAGUCGCGGCAGUCCAUGCGCCAGGACGACAAGGCAAAACGCAUUCUCGGCCUGAGCCUGGAUAGCGAAUUGCCGAACAGGGACAUCCUGUCUAAUGCCCCAGACAAUGAGCCAGUGAAGUCUUCGAUUGAAACAACGCACACUUCUAUGGUCAUACCGCCACAAGCAUUCCAGCUGGUGUUCCCUCCUCCAAGGCCGCAGUCAAUGGAAAUACCGGAAGAGGAACCAGAAUCAGAACCAGAGCCACAUCCAGAGCCGGAAGAAGAGCCAGAACCGAAAUCGGUGCAAAAACCUCAAUAUGUUGACACUGGAGUACAACCCUCCCCUCCGUCGUCCCCUGUACGACCCGAAACGUCAGAGUCAACUUUGACCUUCAAGCUCUACGAUGGAAGCGCUUCGGGAGUCGAAGUAGAAGCCAACCAGAGGAAAAAGCGUGUGUCCGCCGCAUCUGGCCCAUCAGCAGGGGCAUCACAAGCUCCGCCGAUGCCCCGACUGAUGACAUCCACGUCUUCGCAAACUAGCGAUCAACCUUUGAGUCCUCCAGCGACGCCUAAGAUCGAGACGUCUUUUGAAGAUACUUCUUUACCACCUCAAUCCCGACCUGCAGUUGCCUCCAUUGCUACCCAGACUGAGCCAAUUGAACGCAUCGAACCUGUCGACCAAAUCGAGCCUGCGCAACAGCAAUCACACCCUGUACCACCGUCUCGCGCGCCUCCUCCAGUACCAAUCCUGAUACCUUCCAUCGCGAUUCAUGCUCCUUCGUCUACACCGUCAUCGCCCAAAGAGCCUAUGCUGCCGCCACGUACGAUAAGUGCCGCUACACAGACUACGAUUGAUUUGAGGUCGAACAUGCGCACAGUGGGUAUGCAAACUGAGCCCAUCAUGGUUGACAGGCGAUUCAACAAGCUACCGCCUCAUCUGCAGCCUUCGGCCAUAUCGUCUAAGCCUGGUACACCGGAGCCUGGCCAGAAGGGGACAAUCACCAGCCUUUCUGCUGAGAAGACAGACACGAAGCAGGCGGAAAAGAGCACUGCUGUUCCCUCCGCUCGGCAAGAUCUUAUGGCUUUGCUUGAGAAAACUGCGGACAAGAUCGAGGAUCGAUACCCAGGGAACAAUGAUAACGGUCCUUUGACUCGUAACAGAGAAAGCAUCAUUAGCAGACCCUUCCGAACAAGCAGCCUGUUUGCUGGCUUCGACGGACCGUCUUCAGAUGAAGAGGAUUCAGACGCGGAGCUCAGUGACGAGGAGCAGCACAAGCCCCCUCCUAUGUUAUCAUCGCGUAAUGUCAAGAGCGGUAAGGUGUUCAACAGCCCGCCUACCCCAGUCCCGGAGGAAAAGGAGCCUUCGCCUUCCCCUGCUCGUCCAUCUGAGGAUUCAGUCAAGCCACAAGUUCCCGCGCGCACUUCGAUGGAGAAACCGGCGAAGGUCGGCAAGCUUGGUCGACAGCCUAGCAUUCGGCGAUCAGCCAUGAUCCAGAGUGGGACAUCAGCACAUAUGCGUUCGCGCAGCCCUAGCAUCGGUAGCGUCGAUACGAACAGCUUCCUCUCUAAGCCCCCGUUCCCCGUACCUACACGAUCAAGCUCGCGGAAGGUUGGCCUCAGUAAGAGUGAGGGUUCGCAGAGCCCUACACCGCGUAACAGUGGUGCUUCUGCGGGACGUCGACCAUACGGCACCAAGCAACCACACCAGCGUAAGGACAGCCUUCGAAAGGUGCGAUCGGCGGCAGUCAUGCCUAGAUCAGGACGCCCAAGAAGUCGGUCCCCACCUUUGCCUGCGACUCCUACGAUCCCUCCUAGUCCCUCGCUUCCGCCAAUACCUAGUGAUGUGAGCAGCAGUUAUGGGUAUGCACGUGGUCAUCGUCACCAACUCUCCACUACUACCACGCAAACUGCACUAACAGGGCAAACGGGAAGUGCUUCGAGCAGUGUUGCUUACCAAGCGAGCGUAGUCGAUGCCAUCGCGGCUACUAUGGUUGGUGAAUGGAUGUGGAAAUACGUGCGAGGAAGGAAGGCUUUCGGUGGGCAGGAGUCACCUGCGGAGCUUGCUCGGGCAGGAGAAGAAGGAGUCUCCUCCGUCCAUGGUGUACGCCACAAGCGAUGGGUUUGGAUCUCGCCAUAUGAGCGCUCGGUGCUGUGGAGUAACAAGCAGCCAACAACUGGUCCUGCCUUGAUGGGCACCAAAGGCCGGAAACUCAUCAUACAGUCCGUCCUUGAUGUUGUCGACAACACGCCACUUCCCCGAAACGCAGGAACUCAAGCCGUGUUCAACCGAUCGAUUCUAAUUCUCACCCCAGCUCGCGCCCUCAAGUUCACGACCAACUCGCGAGAGCGCCACUAUCUGUGGCUGACAGCCCUCACUUUCCUGGCUCACUCCAGCGCUCCAAUUCCAGAACUCGGACCCAUACCGCUCGCACCACCUCCUGAGGAGGAGCCCACCUAUCGACCGCAAGGAGCAACGCUCCGUCGGUCGCACGUUCGUGAUUCGGUCCGCCUUGCGAAAGGGAAAGCCAACCCAGUCAGUCAGCGGUAUCAAGCAUCUAUGGAGCCGAUGCCCGAGCUGAACACAUUCCAAGCGGAACAAUCAUUGGAAGACUCUGCAGACCCGCCCACCAUCCCUCGUGGUCCUGUCCACAGCAGGAAGAGAAGCUCUACAGGACCGCUUGCGCCUCGACCCACCCAGCAGUACAGGACGUUCUCUCACCAACCAGUACCGUCCGUGGUUUCCUCUAACUCCUCCGAUAUGUACAGCAGCAGACAACCCCCUUCUGUGCCUUCUUCUGUCUACAACCCUAACAGCGUCAUCGCUAGCACACGAACAUCAGAAGCAAGUACCUCGACUCGUCCCUUUUUUGACACUAUGGGGACCAUGCGCAUGGAAGCCUUCAUCGACGACAGCUUAGGCAAAGAUCCCUCGCAACGAGUCUUGCAAUCGUCUGCUCGCCCAGGACACCGAAGGCGACGCGGUAGCCAAUGGAGCGUGAACGAAGCGAACCGAGCUGGCGGAGCAUACGAUGAAAUCAUGAACGAUCCUUUCCGUGGAUUCUAG